AUGGCUUCCAUGAGCGCCCUGGCAGGGGCUUUGGCGGGAGCUGUGGCCUCGUCAGAUCAAGCCGAUGGUCAAUCGCAGAAGGGAUCUCUUAAUUUGAGCCCAGAUGAAGUGCGAGCUCUGGAAAUGACCCGUCUCCGUCUGGUCCAACUGUGCAAUGGCCUUGAGCGCUUCAAGGCCGACAUCUACCGAAGCAACCCGCUACCCAACCCUCAGAAUCUUCAGAACUCGGCGCGGAUCCUAAAACAAAACAUGACCCACCUCCUCGAGAUCAUCCAGCAGCAUUCCUCCACCUUCCAACGAGUCGUCGUAUACCCUUCCACCAACUACCCCGGCCGCACGCAGGAGGGUGUCAUCAUGCAGCUCCUGCGCAAGAAGCUCGAGCCCGACGUCGAGACACUCGUGGAGGCGGCCCGCGAGGCAGCGCUCGCCGCGGGUGUUGACCCCAAGACAAGUUUCAACUCCACCGAGGACGCACAGCAGAUGAAGGAGCGCAACAAGCGCGCCAGGCUGGAGAUGCAGGGCUAUGGUAGCAACGACGACGACGACGAUGAGGACGAGGACAACUCAGACGACAGCGAAGAGGGCGACCCGGAGCCCCACGGCAUAGGCGACGUCUGGUUCGACUCCCGCGCGUGGUGCAAGACGCGACUCGCCGAGUUUGUCAGAGAUGACUAUCAGGAUGCCUACACGGCGGAGGAGCGCGCCAUAGGCAUCGAGAACGUGCGGACCGGCCUGAGGCAGAAUCUGGAGGACGAGUAUGAGGACGAGGACGAGGACGAGGACGAGGAGGACACAGAGGGCGACCAGGCCAUGACGGAUGCCACCUCUGCUCUCCCGGGCGGCGGGACCUCUUCUGCGCAGCCUGGCAGUGCCGGUGCCGGGCAGCAGGUGAACACCUCAACGCCAACGGUAGGGGAGGAUCCAGAGCGCAUGCUGUGGUUCGCGCUCAGGGGAGACCGUGACCUGCCACCGGGUGUCGAGCUAGAGUCUCAGCGGGUUGAGAAGCCUGGGCAGAAGAGACGGUUCGGUGAUCGCUGA